AAUAAAUAAAUAACAUUUAAAAAAAAAUAAAAAAAAAACAAAAUUUCCCCAGCCACCUUCCCCCACCGCCAAACCCUAACCCCUCCCCUAAACUCGCCCGAAAACCGGCCGGCACUCCACCUUAACCAUCUAAACCAGCUGAACGGCACUCGCCGGGUUGUUGGCUGUUUCGUGGUGGUUUAACGGGGGAAUGAGGGUGGUUGGUUUUUUGGGCUGGGUUGCGUCACGUGGUUGUGUUCGUGGAGUGUUAAGGAAGGAAGGAGGGCGAGGGGGAAAGGGCGGGGGCUUGCCGGCGGGAGAAAUUGUCUGGGCGAGGGUGGGCAUCCGGUUGCUGGCGGCGACGACGUGGGCUGAUGGGUUGGGUUGUGGUGGUGGGAGGGGUGGUUGGUUUUUUUUUCUAAUUAAUUCUUGAUUAAGUUUUAAUUAUUUUAUUUUCUGAUUUUUUUUAUUUUUUUUUAAAGUGUUAGAUCAAUUAGAACAUGACACGUGUCAAAUUAAUAACGCCACUUAACGUCUGUUAACGGAUAUGACUGUCAAAUGAUAUUGUUGAUAAAAUAUCGUGAGGUGGAGGACACAACUUAUAAUUUUGAAAAAGCACGGAUAAAGCUUAGAAUUCAAUAACUUUGGGGCAUACCUUAGAAAAAACUUAUUUUUUAAUAAUUUAUUUUUUAUGUAUUUAUUUAUUUUUAUACUUCUAAGGGAAGUAGCAUUUUACUACUAAAAACCUGCAUUCGAGUUAAAGAAUUCUCCAAUGGCGGCACACCAAAACUAUCAAUUUAUCACUUGAAUUCCUUCAUUUAUUAAACCUUAAAUUUGGAAAAGAUAUUGGGUACUAAUUAAUUUGAUUGAUAAUUGUAUGAGCAUAAUUAAUUUUGUAUAAAAUAGAUAAGAUGGAUUAUGCAGGGAAAUGGUUUAAAUGUUUGAUUAGAAGAAAACAAGUUGAUUCUGUUCAUCACAAUUCUUCUUCUUCUACAAGUGGCCAACCACAGCUUGCUAGAGCUUUAUCUGUUCCUCAUAUCACCGCCAUUGGAAUUGGCACAACCAUUGGAGCCGGAGUUUAUAUACUUAUUGGUACAGUCGCCAGAGAGGAUACUGGACCGGCCCUGACUCUAUCCUUUCUAUUUGCUGGUAUAGCUGCUGCACUCUCUGCAUUUUGUUAUGCAGAGCUUGCCAGUCGGUGUCCUUCUGCUGGCAGCGCCUAUCAUUACUCUUAUGUAUGUGUUGGAGAAGGGGUUGCAUGGUUGAUUGGCUGGGCUUUGAUGCUAGAGUAUACAAUUGGGGGAGCUGCAAUCGCCCGUGGCAUAUCUCCAAAUCUGGUCUUGCUCCUUGGCAGCAGUGAUAGGCUGCCUUCUUAUCUGAGUCGUCAAUAUAUUCUUGCUCUUGAUGUUGUCGUUGACCCUUGUGCAGCAAUUCUUAUUAUUAUUGUCACCGUGCUGUUGUGUUUUGGUAUUAAAGAGAGUGCGUUUGCACAAGCUGUUGUGACAUCGGCAAAUGUCUGUGCUAUGCUUUUUAUUAUAAUUGCUGGGGGAUACUUAGGUUUCAAAACUGGAUGGGUUGGCUAUGAGCUUCCCAAAGGGUACUUUCCUUUUGGCAUUAAUGGAGUGCUUUCUGGCUCUGCCACAGUAUUCUUCUCUUAUAUUGGUUUUGAUGCUGUUGCUAGUGCUGCUGAGGAGGUGAAAAAUCCAAAGCGAGAUCUACCGUUGGGUAUAGCCUUUUCAUUGUUAAUAUGCUGUGCAUUGUACAUGCUGGUUUCUGUCGUUGUUGUUGGUCUGAUACCGUAUUAUGAACUUGACCCGGACACUCCUAUUUCCUCUGCAUUUUCUAGUCAAGGGAUGCAAUGGGCAGCGUAUAUAAUCACGAUUGGAGCAUCAACAGCCCUCUUUGCGUCUCUGUUGGGUUCAUUUCUUCCACAGCCUCGAGUCCUCAUGGCGAUGGCUAGAGAUGGCUUAUUACCCUCAUUUUUCUCAGACAUUAAUCCACAUACACAAGUUCCUGUGAAGGGUACAAUUGUAACUGGAGCUUUUGCUGCAAUAUUAGCAUUCUUCAUGGAUGUUUCACAGCUGGCAGGAAUGGUUAGUGUAGGUACUCUUUUGUCUUUCACUAUUGUUGCCAUAUCUAUACUUAUAGUUAGAUAUGUUCCCCCGGAUGAGGUGCCACUUCCAUCAUCGCUUCUGGAGUCAACAUGUGUGGCUUCAUGGGAUUAUAGUGCUAUCGUUGAGGAGUUUGAUGGGGAAAGUACAGAAAAGCAAGUUGGCACCUCCAACUAUGAAAUUCAACCGCUACAUCACCAUGGGAACUUAUCUGCUGGCCAUCCUCUUAUUUUGAAGCAGUCAGCGGAAUGCAGUACUAUUUCACAUGCACAUGAUGAGAAGAGGCGGAAAAUUGCUGGUUGGGCCAUAAUGCUUACAUGUCUGGGGGCGUUUCUCCUCACAAUUGCAGCUUCAUAUGUGGGGCUUACCAGUAUACCCUGCUUCACAUUAUUUGUGGUGGGCGUUGCACUUCUUAUAUCCAGUUUGAUAGUUAUCUCAUGUAUUAAUCAAGAUGACGCGAGGCACAGCUUUGGUCACACAGGAGGUUUCAUCUGUCCAUUGAUUCCUGUGCUACCUGUUGCUUCCAUUCUCAUCAACAUGUAUUUGCUGGUGAAUCUUGGGGCUGCCACUUGGGUUCGAGUGCUUGUAUGGAUGACAAUUGGAGUGCUUAUUUAUGCAUUAUAUGGGAGGACUCGUAGUGAGCUACGGGAUGCAGUCUAUGUGCCUGCAGCGCAUGCAGAUAAGAUCUUUCGUGGUUUGAGCAGUCAUGCCUAGGCAGUUAUACAAUCUUAAUCGUUUGUUGUUACUAAGUAGAUGUUCGCAAUGUAUAUACUAGUAUAUGAUUUUGUUUGUAGCUGUUAAGUUCAUGUGUUGCCUGGGUUGCAAGUGUUUUGUAAAAUUUUGUUGCUUUCUUGGCCGUAAUUGGAAAACCUAAAAUUCUUUGGGAAAUGUCCCACAUUUUUUUUCCCAAGAUUAUUUGAAUUUGAUUAUUAUGCAUUAGGCUUCUUGUUUGA